CAUACAAAAAUCAUGUAUACAAUAGUCAAAUAAUGUAAUUUUAAAUGUUAAAAAAAAAAAAAGAAGCAGCAUUUAACAAGAAAGAAUAAUAAUAAAAAGAUGAAGAUGAUCAAAUGGAGAUUAAAAGUCACGUCUUUCAAAGCUUAUUACUAGAAGAAUAAAGUCAAGAGAGUACCAAUGUCCAAUGUGCAACGCUCCGAUAUCAUUUAUAUUAUUUAGUCUUCACAAUAAAUCUCUCCCCCCCCUCUCUCCUUUUUUUUUCCCUAUUUUAUUUAAUUUUCGAAAAAACUUGCAUUAAUGAAAGUUACUGAUAAGAUUAGAAAGGCAGAAAUUGAAGGACGUCCGUUUUGGUCUUUCGAAUAUUUUCCUCCUAAAACUCCUCAGGGUGUUCAAAAUCUAUAUGAUCGUAUGGAAAGAAUGCAACGUUUUGGCCCUGAGUUUAUUGAUGUAACUUGGGGAGCUGGAGGUACUUCUGCUGAAUUAACAACUGAAAUAGUUGCAACUGCACAAUCUGUUUAUGGCUUGGAGACGAUGAUGCAUUUAACUUGUACAAAUAUGCCAAAGAAACAAAUCGAUGAUGCUUUAGAGGCUGCUAAAAAUUGUGGAUGUCAAAAUAUUCUUGCGUUACGAGGUGAUCCUCCCAAAGGACAAGCUAAUUGGGAAUCAUGUGAAGAAGGUUUUGAACAUGCUGUUGAUUUAGUUCGGUAUAUUCGUAGCAAAUAUGAUGAUUAUUUCUGUAUUGCUGUAGCUGGCCAUCCGGAAGGACAUAUUGAUAAUCCUGAUAAAGAACAAGAUCUCUUUUACUUGAAAGAAAAAGUUGAUGCAGGUGCAGAUCUUAUUGUAACUCAACUCUUUUUUGAUAUCGAACUAUUUGUUCAAUUUUAUAAAAGAGCUCGUUCUAUUGGAAUCACUGCACCUAUCUUACCAGGUGUUUUCCCUAUUCAAAAUUACAGUGGACUAAAACGUGUUAUUUCCUUUAAUAAUAAUUUUGUACCACAAAAGAUUUGGGAUGAUUUGGAAAAAAUCAAAGAAGAUGAUUCAGCGGUAAAAGAAUAUGGUAUUAAUUUAACUGUCGAUUUCAUAAAGCGAUUUCGAGAAGUAGGCAUUCAUGGCUUUCAUAUCUAUACUUUUAAUUUGGAACGUUCUAGUCGUCUUGUUCUAGAGCGAUUAGAGUUAGUAGCUCCUGUAGAACAUAUUAAACCUUUGCCCUGGAAUCCUUCACUUACUAAUAAGCGUGCUAAAGAAACGGUUCGUCCUAUCUUCUGGAAGAAUCGUACCAAGAGUUAUAUUCAACGUACAGAGACCUGGGAUGAGUUCCCUAAUGGCCGCUGGGGUGAUUCACGUUCUCCUGCCUUUGGUGAACUCGAUGGGUGGGGGGUCAAUCUUAAAUAUCCUGCUGCUCAAUGUCUAGAAAUGUGGGGUUAUCCUACCUCUAUAGAUGAUAUCUCCCUCACUUUUGCUCGUUACUGUAAAGGUCAGAUUGCUGGUAUCCCCUGGAGUGCUCAACAAUUGGAUCCUGAGACGGAUAUCAUUCGACAACGUUUGGCUGCUAUCAAUUUACUCGGAUACUUGACCAUUAAUUCUCAACCUGCUGUGAAUGGUGUCAAGAGUUCACACAAGAUCUAUGGCUGGGGUCCCAAAGAAGGUUAUGUCUAUCAAAAGGCUUACUUGGAGUUCUUUGCAUCCCCUGAAAGACUGGAUGAAUUGAUUUCCAAAAUCCAUAACGACCCACAAAUAACCUACUUUGCUGUGAAUAAACAAGGUGAUCUUCGUACAAAUACACAAAGUGAUAUACCUAAUGCUGUUACCUGGGGUGUCUUUCCAGGGAAAGAAAUAAUUCAACCUACCAUUGUUGAAGCAAUCGCUUUUAUGGCCUGGAAAGAUGAAGCCUUUGAACUUUGGAAGAGAUGGGCUCGUAUCUAUGAACGUAAAAGUGAGUCUGCUGAACUAAUCUUGGAUAUUACACAUAAUUGGUAUUUAAUUAAUAUUGUUCAUAACGAUUUCCAAGAUGAAAACGGUAUUUGGAGAUUAUUUGACUUGGAGAUUGAUGGUGAAAUUUCUCGUAAACUAUUACAACAUGCUAACUAUAUUGCUCGUUAA